GCGUCCCUCCCGCCGCGGCUGCCACCGCCGGCACCAUGGGCUGCUGCUGCCGCCUCCUCCUCGCCCUCCUCCUCCUCCCGGCAGGACUGUGUGAGAACUCCACAGCAUCGCCCCUCACCCUUGCCAGCCCUCCCUCGCCCUCAGAGGGGAUCCCAGUGGGCCCAAGCUCCAGGGAUGCUGCUUUCCCCGUGCCAGCUCCUGGCCAGCCCUCACUGCCCACGUCCACAGGACCUGCUGGUGACGAGGUGUCCUCUGGGCCAGUGGAAGGGCCUGGCCACAAUGCCACCCCCACAGUGGCACCUUCCCCUGCUCCUGCCUCCCUCACCACAGUGGACAGCCCAUCUGUAGCCUCCAGCCCCACCUCGGUGCCACCAACCUUGGAAACAGCCUCAGGCCUUCGGACAGCAAAUACUGCCAACUUGGCAAGAGGCCCAAUGGAUAUGGGGGCCUCUCCCAGCCCCACGGGUAUACCUGCAUCCUCCUCCCUCCCCACCAGCGACCUGCGCUCAUCCCCUGGGACGGUCUUGUCCCCAACGCCUGUCCUCAUGAGCCCUGGCACCACCCAGCCGCCGGCGCUGACCAGGGCUGUCCCUUCCCUGGGGACGCUGCCCGUGGCAUCGAGCCUGGCCAUGGAGCCAACGUCCCCCGCAGUGACUGGCCCCAGCCCCACCGCAGCCGAACCGGCGGCCACCGGCAAAACCACGCUGUCCACCAGCGUCACCAUGGAAGAGGUGCCGCACGCCCUGAGCGCAGGGAGCAUCGUGGCCAUAACCGUGACGGUCAUUGUGGUGGUGGUGCUGGUUUUUGGGGCAGCGGCGUACCUCAAGAUCAGGCACUCCUCCUACGGCAGGCUCCUGGAUGACCACGACUACGGCUCCUGGGGCAACUACAACAACCCUCUCUAUGACGACUCUUAGCAGGGACGAGGGAAAAAAACCACCACAAAACCCUCAAAUCCUUAAUUUAUAAGCACUUCUGCAGCAGAGCAUCUGCUGUGGAGAUGUCCGGGCGUUGAGCCACUGCCACAGGCAGGAUUGUGGUGGGUCCAGCAGGUAACAGGCAAGCGGAGCUCGGGCUUGCAGCCCCCACAAUAAACAUGAAUUUUGGCCUUUGUGGAGGAAGCUCUGGGUCCUGGGCAUGGUGAUCACUUGAUUUUUAGGCAAGGGAACCUAUAUUUCCCAGGGGAAAGAGGGGGGAGGUAAAGGGAAGAAAUGGCAGUUGAGCUGGUGCUGUGGCAUCUGUUGAAUCAUAAAAUCAUGGAAUCAGUAUCAUUUCAGUUGGGAAAGACCUUUAAACUCAUUGAAUCCAACCACUAACCUCCCACUGCCAAGCCCAGCACUAAACCAUGCCCCUCAGCACCUCAGCUGCACGACUUUUCAGUAUCUCCAGGGAUGGGGACUCC